AUGCCCAGUCGCCAGUCGCCGGCGCUCGUGCCCGCCAUGCCUAUGUCGUGGACCACCACCUCGGUGUCGCAUCUCUUCACGCCCGAAGAGCAAGACAUCUUGACGACGCUCGUCGAGACUCGUCCUCGCUCGGCGUAUCAGCGCUACAUGGACCGCCAGCAGGCUCAAGCUGACGCGCUCCGCGUCGAAAUACGCCACCUCGAAGAGCCUCUUCACACGCUGCAAGCGGCGCAGCAGAUCCAGGAUCCUGCGCCGUGUGAGUACUCGCAGCUCGCACGGAACGAGCGCCGGCGCAUGCUCAGCGCGAUUUUCGAGAACCGACGACUGCGGGCCGCGGUGCAAGAGCAAGCCGACUUUGCCACGAGCCUCUCAAAGCUCCUACACAGAGAGCUACCCACGCCCUUUGCGCGGUGA